UAACAGACCACCGUCCCGAGCUGCCUCGCGGUCCGAUAUUGUUCAAAAUUAGUAGUCGUUCGGUCCUUCCCUAUUUUUGGGAAGUGGGUUCCUGACAGGGUGCCUUGAAAUCACAGGGAGAAGAAUGGAUAUUUUGAAGGCAGAAAUUGAAAGGAAGAAGAGACAGCUGGCUGAAAAUAAGUUGACUGAGCCGGGCCGGAAGUACUUCCGCCGCGGUGAGCUGGCGGCGCGCGAGGAGGAGGAGUACCGGCGCCGUUACGGGCUGGCGUCGGCCGAGUCGGCGCCGGCCGAGGCGCAGCCGCAGAGCCGGCCCGGCGCCGCCGACGACACGGCCAGCACGCCUCAGCUGGCACGCUCAGAGGUGGUGCGCCGCCUGCGCGACCGACUCGAACCCAUCCUGCUGUUCGGCGAGACCGAGGCGGAGGCGUUCCGCCGGCUGCGGCGGCUCGAGAUCAUCGAGCCCGAGGUCAACCGGGGCAUGCGGAACGACUUCCAGGCGGCCAUGGAGCAGGUGGACGCGGCGUACCUGGCCGAGUACCUGCAGCAGGGCCAGGCGGACCCGGAGGCGGCCGACGAGCGAGCCGCCGCCGCCGCCGACGAGCAGCGCGUCGCCAUGGCCGACAUCCAGGCCGAGGCCGACCGGCUGGGCAGCGGCGACGCCGCCUUCGACACCCAGCUGCUGCUGCGGCUGUACAAGUGUUUACUGCUGGAGUGGGGCGACCGGAUCCACAACCAGCCGCGGGCAGAGCGCGACUCCAUCAAGAGCAAGAUGGCGCUGGCCACGUACAAGCAGACGCAGCAGUACCUGAAGCCGCUGUUCCGACAGCUGCGCUCCGGCUCGCUGCCCGAGGACAUCCGGGAGUCCCUGGUCGAGAUCGCCCAGUACAUGCUCGACAGGAACUACAUCAAGGCCAACGACACGUACCUGCAGAUGGCCAUCGGAAACGCAGCCUGGCCUAUCGGAGUCACCAUGGUGGGCAUCCACGCGCGUACCGGCCGAGAGAAGAUCUUCUCCAAGCACGUGGCGCACGUGAUGAACGACGAGACGCAGCGCAAGUUCAUCCAGGGUCUGAAGCGACUGAUGACCAAGUGCCAGGAGUUCUACCCGACGGACCCAUCGCGCAGCGUCGAGUACGGUGGCUUGACAGAAGUGAAGCGGCAGCCGGCGCUGGCCGAGACGGUCCAGGACGGCGAGGCGUCAUCACGACCGGCCUGAGCGCCGCGGCCUGCCGGCGCGAAGCGAACGUUUGCAGCGGCGUCUGUCAGAUGGCAGCACCGUCUACGAUGAAUUCAUGUAGGUGGCGGUGUCUUGCGUGACCCGGAUCGAGCCACUUUGAAGACCGCGCGGGCGCUGAGAGUCGGCGCCGCAGCUGAUCUGCUGAUCAGUUUCCGCCAGAUCAGGGUCACGCAGUGCGCGUCAUCCGUCGAAAACGUCAUCCAUCAUCAUCAACGCUGUCGCCGGUCACAUUGUUUGAUUCCGACUCCGUGGCCACUGAGUGCGUACGGAGACUGCGUGGCUGUCCUGUGUUGGCGACGAGCGUGCCCUGGAUCUGGAUGCCGGUGUGAGCAGACCGACCGGCCUGCAGAGGCGACCAUCGCCGAACCGACGGAUAGGAGGAGUCGGGUUGCCUGUAACUGGUCUGAAACAUGGCCCUGAGUGUUGCUUGUGUUGCCAUGACCAUGUGAACGCAGGGGGGGGGGGGGAGAGUGCAUUCUGCGUACA